GUUUCGGGUUGGACUUUCCGUCUGUCAUUCAUUCAGGAUUUUGAUUUUAGACGACGUCAACUUUCACUGACUACAAUUGAGGUUUCCCUUAAAGAACCAUGACCUUAUUUCAUUUCGGAAAUUGUUUUGCCUUGGCCUAUUUCCCUUACUUUAUAACCUACAAGUGCAGUGGACUGUCUGAGUACAAUGCUUUCUGGAGGUGCGUUCAGGCUGGAGCCACCUAUCUCUUUGUGCAGCUAUGCAAGAUGUUAUUCUUGGCAACAUUUUUUCCAACAUGGGAAGGAGGAGCUGGAGUUUAUGAUUUUGUUGGGGAAUUCAUGAAGGCGACUGUAGAUUUGGCCGAUCUGCUGGGCCUCCACCUGGUCAUGUCUCGUAAUGCUGGUAAAGGAGAGUACAAAAUCAUGGUGGCUGCAAUGGGCUGGGCAACAGCUGAACUCAUAAUGUCCAGAUGUCUUCCUUUGUGGGUUGGAGCCAGAGGCAUUGAGUUUGACUGGAAAUACAUUCAGAUGAGCUUCGAUUCAAAUAUUAGCUUAGUCCACUACAUCGCAAUGGCAGCAGUUGUGUGGAUGUUCACCAGAUAUGACCUCCCUAAGAGCUACAGGCUCCCGGUCACUGUGCUGUUGACUCUUUGUGUCUACAAGGCAUUCCUCAUGGAGUUGUUCGUUCACGUUUUCCUGUUGGGUAGCUGGACCGUCCUCUUGGUGAAAGCUGUGGUGACCGGUGCCAUCUCUCUUUGUUCACUCUUUCUUUUCGUCACGUUGGUCCACAGUAACUAAAGACUCCACAACCAUCGGAGAAAAUCCUUGAUGACUGAAGGCUUGACAGAGGUUCAAUACAUUAAGCAUAAAUUAUUACCUCUGGGACUUUAAAGACCUAAUAACUACUGCUCCAAGAUGAGUGACUCCUGACAUCUUACGAUUUGGAUGGUGGUAUGAUUUGGUUUAGUAUAAGUUUUGUUUUUGUUUUUUCAUAAUUGGUAUAAUGUGUUGUGAAUUUAGAUCAGUGGAGAGAUUUCUAAUGCAUUAUAUUGAAGUAAUGAGUGUGUUAAUGUGACUGAAGUGAAUUCAAGGAAUAGUAUCUGUGCACUGAUCAGUGAUUGCCUUUAGAUAGUUUAGAUUGUGGCGAUUAGGCUCAGAGAGAGUCCUUUUAGGUUUAAACCAGCAGGAUUUUGGCAUCGGAACUGGCAACCCAAAUAUGUCAUGAGGUGCUUUCUGAAACAUCACAAGAACGAAAACAAAUUACAACAUAAACAACUUGGCUAUCAUAAACAAUAAAAAUCAGCAUGACAAUUGUUAUUUGUUUGGACAUGCUGAGGUCAUGCGUAUGGAAUUUAAAAUAUCUUACAUAUGGUUUCUUUAUACUACAACAAACUGACCUAGGAGGCAAAUGUGGCCCUGGUGAAUUACUCCCAAAUUACCAGAACCUCAGUGCAUUUUUAGAAAACCUGCACCAUAAUAAUCCCAGUGUCAAAUGUUUAGGUUGGAGACGGCCUUAUUUAUGUUUCAUGCCUUACUAAAGGUGUGGUGUCAGAUUUCUGCUAAACGCACAUAUUUGAAAGAUUCAUUGCUUGGUUCACCAGUCUGUGGCCACCUGCUUCACUUAUUUUUGGAUAUGUGGUGAAAAAAAGUUUGGCCAUGCCUGAUAUGUAUUAACAGAACUGUACUAAAUAUUGUUAAUGUCGAGGAGUGCGUUGUGUACAAUAAACACAUUUUAAUACUAU